CUCGUUCUGGGAAAUCUCGAAACUAAAAACACAGAAUGCAGAUUAUUUUGAGUGUAAUUCAGUUUUAAUCAACUUCACUGCAAUGGCAUGCGAAAAUGAGGAAUUAAUCCAGAUUAAAGCAGAAAAACAGGAAGAAGAUGCUGAAAUUGCCCAGCCUUCUUCGUAUAACAAAAAGGACGAUCCUGCUUGCAAGAUUCUAAAAGAAUGCGACAACUGUAAAUUCAAAACAGAAAAGGAAGGGCCUAUGUGCUUUAAUUUAUUUGGUGAAAAUGAUUUUUGCAGACCAACAUUCACAGAAACUUUGUCAGAUAUCAAUGAAAAGAAUGACAACCUUUUAAUGCAGAUUUAUGGAGCAAAUUCAGAGUUCAUUGGAAGGUCUCUAGAAGUAUGUUCUCGGUGUAAUGUGUUCCAGGUACAUAACCUGUUUUCAAGAACAGAGAAUGAACUUUGUAUCAAACUCAAUCUCCGUGGAUUUGCACAAGCUGUUUCCAAUAACAUAAUAAAAACCUGUGAAUCUAGAAGUAAAGAAACAAGAUGCCAAAUGGUGGGUAUUUGUAAUUUACCGAGGUCAUCACCUGCAUAUGCAAUUUUGCAUGGAGAUGAAAGUUUAGAUCCUGGUCGGUGUCAGAAUUUGAAAAUUGCUUCUCCAAAUGAAAAGAUCACCUACCAACAAUCACUUCUUGGUCGGCCUUCUAGGGCUGAGUAUUUGACAUCUACAGAAGAAACUGGGAAGCCCCGUUUGAUCAAAUCUGUCAAAGAAUUAGCCUCCUUUGACCUAAAUAGUUAUAAACAUUUUUCAAGUAUAAAUGAGUCACAUAACUUGCCAAUGAAAGAGUCAGCCAAAUAUUUGGAAAUGCAUACUUCUUCAGGGAAUUAUCAUGGAUAUGAUAUGCCUCCAUCUCGCAACCCAACAAGAACUCAUGAUUCGCUUUUCACUGAAUCAUCACUACUGUCAGAAUAUGGAGGUGAAUAUUUUAAACUCAGAUAUGGUUCCUCUCCUUCAGGAUUGGAAAAUAUACCUUCGCUGAGAACGGUCACAACCAGUAGAAAUAUGUCACCGUAUUUAGAUACUAGUAUCAGAUCUGAGGAAAGCAGUCCCUCGCAAGUUUGCAACCCACAGGGCAGUUUACAAUCAAGUGUUCCCAGUGACUGUAAUGCAACUACCAGUUCCAUCAUGCUUGGUGAUAAGAGGCCCCAUGAUCGUCUAGAAGAACACCCAUUUCCUUGAGGAGAAAUCAAACUCAAUUUAAUGCUCCAAAAAACGAAUCUGCUUUUUAUGAUGGAAUUGAAAAUUCUGAUAAUGAACCCUCUGCCAGACUCAGUUGUGUAGUCACAAGGUAUCCAGCAAGCAAAGUACCAAAGUUUUCUGCAGCAAACAAUGUAUAUUUUGAAAGCCAAAAAACUCCAAUAAAUUUUCAAACAUUUGGAACGAAGACUAUUCAAGAAGCCACUCAAAGGGAAAGUACCAACUUGGAAACUAUAGCCAUAAGAGCAAAUAAAGAAGAUAUGAUGAUACCAGAAAAGAUUAUAGGAAGUGAAAAUGACCUUGAUAAUCCAGAAACUAAUGGAGCUAUAAAGCGCUCAAAUCUCACUUCAGUUUCUGAGUGGAGCAAUGAAGAUGUUGUUGCUUUCUUCAAGAAAACGGACUGUGCAGAAUAUGCGAAGGUUUUUCAGGAAGAGGAGGUUGAUGGUAAAUCGCUCUUGCUACUUAACGAGGAAAAGCUGAAUAAACUGCUUGGUAUAAAAAUCGGACCAGCGAUGAAGAUCGCUCGACAGAUUCAGAAACUGAAGUCUUGUUUCGCGCCUGAAAUGCCAACUAAUAGUGAAUAAAAUGCACGAGAAUUUCCACAAAGGAGAAGCGAUGGACAGUGGCAACGUGAUAACAAAGAAAAAUGUUAUGUUAUAUAUCGAAAGAACCAAGGCAAAAAUCGAAAAACGAAGUUCACCAUGCAAUAUUAGAGCCCCGAGUGGACGAGUCUUAGAAAAUUGAGCAAAGUCGGCCCAGCAACGUGAGUGAAGAUACGCGCCGCAAAACAAUGGCAAUCACCAACAAAUCAGCGUUUCUAGCUCAUUUGCAUAUCCGAACAUUAGUAUUAUUGCAGAAGAGAUUACCCGCGUUUUAAAUUUGUUUAAAUGGAAAACUUAAAGAAUAUGUAAUGAAGAAGAAAAGUUAUAUUUUUCUCUCAUCCAAUGCAGCAAAAGAGAGAAAUUUUUAAAUUCUUAACCGUUGCUAACGGUGCUAGUACUGCGAAUUUAAAGUGAUUUAACAGUUAAUUGCAAUGUUUUGAAUAAAUUUACAUAUCAUGACGUAGCAGUACUUAGAGUUAGUUGUAGAGCACGACGCCAUGGAGUAGAACGUGUAAUAUGUGAUAUGUGAGCACAUGAUUAGAACGUGUCGAAUGUGUAAUACGUGAGCACAUGAUUAGGCCCUUUUUAACAACAUAACACUAAUGGAUAGAAAAAGCUCCAUGAGGAAAAGAUGUGAGCUAAAUUGUCAGUCAUUGUCAUUAUUCUAUUCUGCGGAGGAGCGUCUAUCUGGAAAGGAAAAAAUUUCCUUCUUCGCAGCUAGACGCUGUUUACACGCUCGGAAUUUUGUGGCUGUGGUACCCAGGGUACAGAAUUCCAUUCUGCGAUAAUUCUUGCGGUGCAGAUCUCAAUAUUCUCUCGAGGUUUGAUUGACUCCUGUCGUAGACGCCACUUUAAUAUGAAACCAUCUACAAGAAACUAUAAGACACCAAGCCAAAAGAUGAACGAAAAAUUAAUCCUUGAUCUUAAGAAACUGCUCACCAUCAUCCUUGAUCUUUAUGUUAUACGUUAGACACUAAAUCCCUUCAGUUUAAAAACUUGAUAUUAAAAAAGAAAUUGAAAGAAGGAAUUACAUGAACAUAAGUAAAACUAAAGCGGAAAUAUAAUUAGGAAGAAUAACAUAUUUACGUAGCAGCUGCUCUACCACUACCACUUUUUAAUCCAUUAAGAGUGGAGAGCUCUCUGAUAUCUUACUGAUAUUAAUAGGCUUAUCAUUUAGAGAAAGCCUUCUUUGAGGUUUUCCUUAUUAUAUCUUGGGAUUUGCAGGUUCCUAUAAUUACUUAUUUUAUAUUUAAGAGUGCCGGGUUCUGAUGAUAUCUAUCCCAAAGGAUUCAGGACAUUGCUUGUUUAUUGUUUUGUAUAUCAUAAGAGGGCAACAAAGUUCAACCGAUCAAGCAAUAAAGUUCAAAAGUGGUUUUUUCUCUUUUGUCCAUAACCAAGAACCAAGACCUCUAACUUGGCCUCUAACAAGACCUCUGUAAUUUGGUCUUGGUUCAUAACUCUAUGGACCAGGCUAAAAUAGCAGUUACCUAUUAGCAAAUUAUUGAGAGUUAUUUUAUGCUGUUCUUUCAGAUUAUGUGGUCAAAAGUAAGAAAUUCUAAAAAUAGUUUUUGAUGAUGUUACAUUUCGGUACUGUUUUGUCAGUUAGUCUGGCCUUAGCAAUAGAGUACCGAAGUGAUGACGUCAUAAAAGUCUAUUUUCAGAAUUUUUUAAUUUUGAUCCCAGAACCUAAAAGAGCAUCGUGAAAUACCCCUAAAUUUGCAAAUUCAGUCUAAGGCAUUACAAAUUAGCUGAGAUAUGGCCACAUGAGCACAGGCUCUUGCUCUAUCAAACCUCUGUAAUUUGGUCUUGGUUCAUAACUUUAUGAACCAGGCCAAAUUAACAGUAAUCCUUUAGCAAACUUUAAUUCUUCCAUUGGCCAUAUCUCGCCCAAUUUUGAGCAUAGCUAAUUUAUUUUGCGAGGUAUUUUAUGCUGUUCUUUCAGAUAAUGUGGUCAAAUUUAAGAAAUUCUAAAAAAAGAUUAUUGAUGAUUUCACAUUUCGGUACUUUUUUAUCAGUUAGUCUGGCCUUAGCAAUAACAGAACAGGCUUUAUGGUUAAUCCUGCAGACGUUAAUGGGAUAUUCAGUUUUGAUUUUGAGAAACUACCCUAGAAUGCUUUAGCAUAUCGUAGAUAACCAUCGACAAGGGCACGAUAUACAUUGUCAAGCUGGUAUUGAGAAAUAAUACUUUUCAAUUUUUAAUUGAGUUAAGACCGCCUGAAGGAGAUCUAUUAGGUCAUGUGAUUGAUGACAUGCAAUUCAACUCAUCGAAGAAAAGGCAGACAUGGAUAGACACGACUAACAGGAUGAAUGCUACGCUAGAAAUAAUCUCACUUAUGGAAUAUGUUGUUUUAAUGUAAAGUUCGCAGUAUCAAGGAGUCUUUUCAUAUGUAAAUAAAUAGAACAUUCGCAGUGCUUUUUCGCUUUUGACUUUUUAUAUAUUUUUAACAAGGAAGCGGGAACCUUUUCUGGAGUUUCGUCUCUAUUAGAGGGACGAGGCGUUUGUACAGCGCAGGGUCAUUCACUUAAUCCCCCACACCGCCACACAUCUUUCCUUUCACUUUGCUGAGUGGCUAUCACAGUUUACCUCUUUAUCCAUCAUAACCCCUAGUGAUUAAAUCUUUACGGCGCGUUUUAUAUCUGAAUUAUUAAAAGUCAGUGGUUCCGAGAUUUUAACUUUGUUUGUUCUCCGUGGAUGGCCGAUAAUAAUGUUUUCUGUUUUUUCAGGGUUUGCGCUUAGCUAAUUUAUCCCCAACCGUUCAUAGUUCCUUCUUAUUUCUUUUUAAGCAUUUGUGAUCAAAUCCUCAACGUUAUUGGAUGUUAACGUACAGUGACUAUCGUCCGCAUACAUAUUAGACCUUGAAAACUUUAAUUAUUUUUCAGGUAAUAAUUAUUAACUUAAAUAAUUAUAAGUCAUUCGGGAAGACAAUAAAUAGAAGUGGUCCCAAGCAUAAUCCUUGGGGUAUAUCACAUGUUGUCAAUCUAAUCCCUGACUGUUGUCGAAUAACUGAGCAGAACUAUUUGGUAUCGCUUAAGAAAGAUGUGAACCAUUCUCCUAAGAUUCCCUUGAUAACGUAUGCAGCUUUUUUAUUGAUGUUCCAUGAUCUACGUUACAAAAUGCCAUUUCAAAUCAAGAAAUGAAGCUUAGUUAAGUUGUUUGUAUCCAUGUGAUCAUACCAAUAAUCGGUGCCAGUUAUAAGGGAUGUUUCAGAAGGGGAUAAUUUCCGAAAAGCAUAUUGGUUUGGUCUUAAUAUUUUGUUAGUAGAGAUAUAUGGACUAAGCUGAUGAAAAUCUAUUU